GUAACCCCCCAGUCAUGUCCGUCCUCUUCCUCCGUCUUCCACCAGUCCUCCAUAGUCAGUCACGUGAUGUCUUUUAUCUCCAGUAGAUGAUGAUACACAUCAAGGAUAUUUAGAAGGACACAAGGGACAUCUACAAGGACGACGUUCAUGAUGGAGGGACCACAGAGAGGACACAAGGACCUCUACAAGGACGUCAUGAUGACAAUCAGCCGCCGUCACAUCACCGGAUGGGGAUCCAGUCAUGGGAACCCACCAGAGAAAUCUCCCCGUCCUCUGUAUUCCCCGGGAUUCCACACAGGGAAGGUCACACCAUCCCUCACCAUCAUCAGAGUGGAAUCCUCGGGGAUGAUAAUAUUGAUGGUAAAGAAGAGUAUAAAGAGGAGGAUGAGGAGGAUGGAGUGAUGGAGGAGUUUUCAGAAGGACACAAGGAGAUGAUGGAGCCACCUAAUACCAGGAAGCCACCAGAGAGAUGUCCCCGUCCUCUGUAUUCCGGGAUUCCACACAGGAAGGUCACACCAUCCCUCACCAUUGCAAGGUUGAGUGGAGAUCCAAUCGAUAUAGAAUUUGAGGUGAAAGCAGAAGAAGAAGAGGCGUAUGUGAGGGUAUGAUCAGCAGUCUAUGGAGGAGGAUGGAAUAACGGGGACAUUUAUAGAGGAGGACACUCCUACAGAGAUCAGCACAGGUGGGUCAUGAACACCAAAUCCAUUCCUCCACCCAUACUGCUCACUGAUUGGUCCAGAGUAGGGCGGGGGUGGGGUGAUAUCAGCCUGUAAUACAUCAGAAGAAA